AUGGACACGAUCAGUGACGCGGACUACUAUGUCAUUUCUUUGUUCCAGAACGGUCAGUGCUCGAACGUACACAGCUGAGAAGGUGUGGGGCGUGUGCCGUGACUACGUGACUACGUGCAUACGUGUAAUACGUGGUUGGUUCACCACCAUCGCUCGACGCGCCACGUACACGCUCCCUCCGCGGUCGACCGUCCGCCUCGCGCUGCGUCGUGAACCGCUCACUAACGGUGAGCUCCUCCUUCUGUGCAGGUUCUUACCGCUCUGCGCUCUCGGCCUAUUCGGAGCUCCCGUCCGCGUCGACGCUUCCGACGCUCUACGCCGCGCGUGCGCACCUCGCCCUCUCGCCUCCCUCCCCUUCCGACGCUCUCUCGCUCCUCUCCUCCCUCGAACGAACGCUCGAUACGCGUGCUCUCACCGCCUUGGCCAACUUCCUCUCGGGAGAUCACGAGCGCGCGAUCGAGGAACUGGAGGAGGUGCAGAUCGAACUCGGCGAAGGCGGUUUGGAGGAGCAGGAAGAGGGAAGGUUCGUGCGAGGUGUACUCGCCACGGUUUGGUGGUUGAGUGGGGAGGAAGGGAGGAGGGAAGAAGCGGUCGAGAUGUUGUACGAGGCCGUUCAAUUGGGAGCCGAUCAGGAGUGGUACGUCUGUGGGAUCGGAUCCGCACCCCGCCGUUCGAAGGAACCCAACAGUCGACUGACGCGCGUUUGCAAAAUCCCGCAGCCUCGGUAUCCUCACCCACCUUUACCAAUCCCUUUCCCUACCCCAAAGAUCCCUCGCCCUCCUCACGUCCCCCCAGACCACCUCCUUCACCUCCGACUCGCUCCAAUCCCAACUCUUUACCGCCCGGACGAACCUCUCCUUGGGUCCUAAACAACGCUACGAGCAAGCUUACUACGUCUACGAAGAGAUCAAGGGCUUACACGGUGGGAGAGGGGAAAGUACCUUGGCGGGAGUGGCCGUCAGUCAGGCUUGUUUGGGUAGGUGGGACGAGGCCGUGCAGGCGAUCUUGGAGGGGUUGGAGAUGGUACGUUCUCGAACGUGUGCAAAAAUCCUAUCGCCAUUUCGGCAACUGAUUCCCCCCCCCCCACCCCCCUGCGGCGUUCGGUUCCUCAAUUCGCAUGGGAUAGAACCCGAGUCACCCGACUUUGUUGGCGAAUUUCAUCGCGCUCGCGAGGUACUACACCCCCAAUGCCCAAGAUUCCGAAGCGUUGACGGUCGAAAAGGCAUUGGCGUACGUACCAUUACCGGUCACUCUCUCUCUCUCUCUCUCAAAAAGAUCCCCGAGAACGAAAGCUCACUCCUAGCCUUCCUUUUGAUAUUCGGGCGCUUUCUUGUUAGCAGUUCCUUGCAAGCUUUAGAACCUACGCACCCUUUUGUGGUCGAGUUGAAGAACAAGAGCGACGCGUUCGAUGAGGCCGCGGGCAAGUUUGGCAAGGCGGCGCAGUAA